GGAAGAGAGAGGACCCAAAGUAUCCAUGGCUUCUAUGUCUUAAACUUUGUCUACUCAAUGAGCUUCAGACAUGUCUUGGACAAAGCCCAUGUCCUCCCUCCUAUGCACCAUCCUCUCCCUUGUUCUUAUCCUUGAAGCUUUCACAACUAGCCAUGGCGAGUUCGUCUACCAUGGCUUUUCUGGUGUUAACCUCACCCUUGAUGGAAAUGCCAUGGUCACACCAGACGGCAUCCUUGAGCUCACCAAUGACACAAUUAAUCUAGGACACGCAUUUUAUCCAACUCCACAAAACUUCCGUAAAUUUUCCAACAGCACAGUGCAAUCAUUCUCACUCAGCUUUGUGUUUGCAAUCCUCUCAGUGCAUGAUGAUAUAAGUGCAGAUGGCAUGGCCUUCUUUGUUGCUCCAAGCAAGAACCUUUCCAAUACAUGGGCACAGUAUAUAGGUCUCCUCAAUAGUAGGAACGAUGGCAACAGAAGCAAUCACAUGUUCGCGGUCGAGCUUGAUACUACCCAAAAUGAUGAGUUCAAAGACAUCGACAACAACCACGUUGGAAUCAACAUCAACAGCCUCAUCUCUUUGCAAGCUCACCACACUGGAUACUAUGAUGAUAAGAGUGGUUUCUUCAACAACUUGACUCUGAUCAGUGGCAAGGCCAUGCAGGUAUGGGCUGACUAUGAUGGAGAGUCUGCACAAAUCAACGUUACCUUGGCUCAUCUUGGAGCACCCAAAUCUGUAAGACCACUGCUUUCAUCUUCCUAUAACUUCUCAGAUGUUCUUAGAGAUCAAUCAUACAUCGGUUUCUCAGCCACAACAGGUGCGAUUAGCACAAGACAUUGCGUACUUGGCUGGAGUUUUGCUAUGAAUAGUCCUGCUCCAGCUAUAGACAUCUCCAGACUCCCAAAGCUACCACGCCUUGGCCCAAAGCCUCGUUCCAAGACCUUAGAUAUCACCCUGCCUAUAGCCACAGCAAUAUUUGUCCUUGCUGCUGGUACCGUUGUUGUUUUACUUGUUCGUAGAAGAUUGAGAUAUAUGGAGCUACAGGAAGAUUGGGAGGUUGAUUUUGGGCCACAUCGAUUCUCCUUCAAAGACAUGUACCAUGCUACGGAAGGGUUUAAUAAAAAUAACUUACUAGGAGUAGGUGGGUUUGGCAAAGUUUAUAAAGGCGUUCUUCAGAAGUCUAAAGUUCCAGUAGCUAUUAAGAGGGUGUCCCACGAGUCUACACAAGGGAUGAAAAAGUUCAUUGCUGAGGUUGUCAGUAUUGGUAAGCUCAGACACCGCAACCUAGUGCCUCUACUUGGUUAUUGUCGGCGAAAAGGUCAACUCCUUCUAGUAUAUGACUAUAUGUCAAAUGGCAGCCUUAAUAAGUAUUUGUAUCCUGAAGAUGGAAAACCAUCAUUGAAUUGGGCUGAGAGGUUUCAUGUCAUCAAGGGUGUCGCAUUUGGCUUGCUCUAUCUCCAUGAGAAGUGGGAAAAGGUUGUCAUACACCGAGAUAUUAAACCAAGUAAUGUUCUUCUAGAUAGUGAAAUGAAUGGAAAAUUAGGUGACUUUGGUCUUUCAAGGUUAUAUGACCAUGGGACUGAUCCACAAACCACUCACAUGGUUGGAACCAUGGGGUACUUAGCUCCAGAAUUGGUACGCACAGGGAGAGCAUCCACUUCUACAGAUGUCUUUGCAUUUGGCAUAUUUCUUCUUGAGGUCACCUGUGGGCAAAGACCUAUUAAGAAAGACUCACAGGGAAACCAGCAUAGUUUGUUCGAUUGGGUUCUUCAGUUUCUGCAUAAUAGCUCACUAAUCGAGGCCAUGGACAGUAGACUCCAAGCUGAUUUUAAUAUCGAUGAGGUUUGUCUUGUCCUAAAGCUAGGUCUUCUAUGCUCACACCCAUUUACUAAUGCAAGACCUAGCAUGCAGCAAGUCAUGGAGUACCUUGAAGGUGAUACACCAAUACCAGAGAUUUCAUCAAGGCAUUUUAGCUUUACUAUGCAGGCUUUGAUGCAGAGCAAAGGAUUUGAAUCACCAGACAUGUUAUGCCCACAGUUUACGAGUAUUGGCACAUUCUCUGAACUGUCAGGGGGAAGAUGAUAUACUAGAAGCUAUGCAGAACUAAGAACAUCAGAAAAUCAUAUUAGGAUAUACAUGUACAUUUUUCUCAACCAGAAAUCUGUAAACCGGAGAACAGUUUGUAGUGACAUAAAAAUAGCAACAAAUGCUAUGUAAAAUGUUUUCACGUUUCUUUUUCUAGAACUUCUUAUGAAAAAACGAAGUGUAUUUACUGUUUGUUUUUGUUAAGAUUGGCUAGAAAGCUGCCUCACUUCAUUAGUUCAUUGUACUGAAUAGAUCUCUGGAGGACUGAAAUAUAUGCAAAGAUUCAAGAAUUUUAGGUUAA